GGAGCCGUACCACAGCGGUGGCGGGUGGCGGGGGAACGGGUCCUGAACGGCGGCGCAGCUGGCUGGGAGGCAGUGAGAAGCGUAGCCUCAGGCCCCAUCUCCUUUCAGUGCUGCGUUGUACUGGGCUGCCCUCCGGGAUGCAGUGGGCCGUGGGUCGGCGGUGGGCGUGGGCCGCGCUGCUUCUGGCUGCCGCAGCUAUACUGGCCCAGAUGGUCUGGCUCUGGCUGGGCACACAGAGCUUCGUCUUCCAGCACGAAGAGAUCGCGCAGCUGGCGCGGCAGUACGCGGGGCUGGACCACGAGCUUGCCUUCUCUCGGCUCAUCGUAGAGCUGCGGCGGCUGCACCCAGGCCACGUGCUGCCCGACGAGGAACUGCAGUGGGUGUUCGUGAACGCGGGCGGCUGGAUGGGCGCCAUGUGCCUUCUGCAUGCCUCACUGUCCGAGUACGUGCUGCUCUUCGGCACCGCCCUCGGCUCUGGCGGCCACUCUGGACGCUAUUGGGCUGAGAUCUCCGACACCAUAAUCUCUGGCACCUUCCACCAGUGGAGAGAGGGCACUACCAAAAGUGAGGUCUUCUACCCAGGGGAGACAGUGGUGCACGGGCCUGGUGAGGCAACAGCUGUGGAGUGGGGGCCAAACACAUGGAUGGUGGAGUACGGCCGGGGUGUCAUCCCGUCUACCCUGGCCUUCGCACUGGCUGACACAGUCUUCAGCACCCAGGACUUCCUCACCCUCUUCUACACUCUUCGAGCCUAUGCUAGGGCCCUCCGGCUUGAGCUCACUACCUACCUCUUCGGCCAGGACCCCUGACCCACUGGGCCUGGAGGAGGACCUGUGGGUGGACAGGAGCGGGCAGGCCCGCAUACAUCCAUUUGCUGGAGCCCAUGUGAAAAGAUGGACAUACAACAUGCAGAUACUGAGUUCCUGCUAUACAAGCAGGGACAUACAUGCUUAUACCACCAAACACAGAGACAUACGGGAACAUAGGGGGCACACAUUCAGAUACUGGAUCCCAUGUGUGUGGCAAAAUCUUGCCUUCACACCCAUUCAGAGAGGGAGCCCCAUGUGUAUCAAGAGGUCCAGUCAUGUUCAAACAUACAACAUAAGCUUGACUCAUUAACUCAGGCCUUUCCAGAGCUUCCCUACCCCCAGUCAGAGCUCUGGAGUUAGGGAUGGAGGUGGAUAUUACACUUUACCUGGGUAUGACCCCCCCCUCCCAGCCCCAGCAGCAAUUGGGGAAGGGGUGAGGAAGAAGAAGAGUUGCCUCUGGAGGCCCCCUUCACCUGCAGCUGUGAUGCCCUUUCUCUGUCCUCACCAUACGCCUUACCCCUGUUCUGUUCGCUGCUAUGCAAGUGCCCUCAUGGCCUAUCCCGCACCCUCUCAGCGAGCAAGUCAACCGGGGAACCAGAAGAAUGGAGAAUGCUGAGUUCAGGGUCCCUCCUAUCCUGAAAGCCCCCCCAUUUCUCUCUCGGGUAUGGAGGGGAGGCUGGCCUCAGCCCAGGAUCCACCUCUGAGGAGGGAGCCUGCAGAGGUGGGCUUAGAUCCAAGGGGCCAUUCCUGGCCUAGAAAGAAGGCUGUUUUUGUGCACACACACCCAUUACAGCUUUCAGACACUGCCUGCAUUUUCUGUCCAUCUGUCUGUUAAUAAAGACCUGUUGAACAGUUCCA